AGCAGAAGACUGCUUGUGCGAGAGGGGGCCGGGCGGCUUCAGGGAAGGCGGAGUCCGAGGGGAAAACGAAACCGAGAGCUAGCUCUCCAGAAGCCGCGGGUCUCCGGCCGGCAGCGGCGGCGGUGGCAGCGGCGCAGUUUCUGGAGCAAAUUCAGUUUGCCUUCCUGGAUUUGUAAGUUGUAACGACCUCAAAGCUUUAGCAGUCCUUCCAUCUGAUUCAGGUUUCCUUCUCCGGCAGUCUUCAGAAUCAACAUCCACACUUCUGUUGAUUUUGGACAUACCUUCCAACGAGGACAGUAGAGGAAGAAAUGGCUGGUAGUCUUAAACCAGGUUUCUUCAUGGAGGAACUUAAUAAAUACCGUCAGAAGCAGGGAGUAGUACUUAGAUAUGAAGAACUGCUUAAUUCAGGACCUCCACAUGAUAGGAGGUUUACAUUUCAAGUUACCAUAGAUGGGAGAGAAUUUCCAAAAGCUGAAGGUAGAUCAAAAAAAGAAGCAAAAAAUGCCGCAGCCAAAGUAGCUGUUGAGAUACUUAAUAAUGAAAACAAGGCAGUUAGUCCUUUAUCAUUGACACCAACCGAUUCUUCGGACAGAUCAUCCAUUGGGAAUUACAUAGGCCUUAUCAAUAGUUUUGCCCAGAAGAACAGACUAACUGUAAAUUAUGAACAAUGUGCAUCGGGGGUGAAUGGGCCAGAAGGAUUUCAUUACAAAUGCAAAGUGGGGCAGAAAGAAUAUGGUAUUGGUACAGGUUCUACUAAACAGGAAGCAAAACAAUUGGCUGCUAAGCUUGCAUAUCUUCAGAUACAUAAAUCAGAAGAAACCUCAGUGAAAGCUGACUCCAUAUCCUCUGGUUAUUUUACUCCUGUGCGUGACAUCCAAAACAACUCUUUAGUGACCAGCACAUUGGCUUCUGAACCAUCAUCUGAAAGUAGUUUCUCAACAGAUACAUCAGAGAUAAAUUGUAACAAUAGUUUAAACAGUUGUUCUUCAUUGUCUAUGAAUGGUCUCAGAAAUAAUCAAAGGAAGGUAAAAAGAUAUUUGGCAGCUAGAUUUGACCCUCCUGACAUGAAAGGAACAAAGUAUACUAUGGAUAAGAGGUUUAGCAUGGAUUUUAAAGAAAUAGAAUUAAUUGGCUCAGGUGCAUUUGGCCAAGUUUUCAAAGUAAAACACAGAAUUGACAGAAAGACUUACGUUGUUAAACGUGUUAAAUAUAAUAGCGAGAAAGUGGAGCGUGAAGUGAAAGCAUUGGCAGAACUUGAUCAUGUAAAUAUUGUUCACUACAAUGGCUGUUGGGAUGGAUUUGAUUAUGAUCCUGAGAGCAGUGAUUAUGAUCCUGACAGCAGUGAUUAUGAUCCUGAGAACAGCAAAAAUAAUUUAAGAUCAAUGACUAAGUGCCUUUUCAUCCAAAUGGAGUUCUGUGGUAAAGGGACAUUGGACCAAUGGAUUGACGAGAGAAGAGGCAAGGAACAGGACAAAGUUUUGUCUUUGGAAUUCUUUGAACAAAUAACAACAGGGGUAGAUUAUAUACAUUCAAAAAAUUUAAUUCAUAGAGAUCUUAAGCCAAGUAAUAUAUUCUUAGUAGAUACAAAACAAAUAAAGAUUGGAGACUUUGGACUUGUAACAUCCCUGAAAGAUGAUGAAAAGCGAACAAGGAAUAGAGGAACUCUGCGAUACAUGAGCCCAGAACAGAUUUCUUCACAAGAAUAUGGAAAGGAAGUGGAUCUCUACGCUUUGGGGCUAAUUUUUGCUGAACUUCUUCAUGUAUGUGACACCGCUUUGGAAACAUCAAAGAUUUUCAGAGACCUACGGAAUGGUAUCAUCUCAGAAACGUUUGAUAAACGAGAAAAAACUCUUCUACGGAAAUUACUCUCAAAGAAACCUGAGAACCGACCUAACACAUCUGAAAUACUAAGCACCUUGGCUAUGUGGAAAAAAAACCCAGAGAAAAAUGAACGAAACACAUGUUAGAGCUCUUCUGAGAAAGUAUCCGCUUCUGAUUUGCAAUUUUCUGUGAAUUAUCUAAAAUCUGCUAGGGAAUAUCAAUAGAUAUUUACCUUUUAUUUUAAUUUUUCCCCUUAAUUUUUUACUAUGUUU